AUGAGUGACGAAAAUACUAAACAUAAAUUUCUAAAUGUGUCACAACCAUCAAAUCUUUUAGGUGGAAGUUCUUCAUCAAAUAGUUUGAGACGUCCUCUAAAUGACAAUACUGUGAGUGUUAGUAAUAAAAUGAGGAAAACUACCAGCCAAAUCCCAGUAGCAAAAGAUACUGUACCCACAUUAACCAUUUCAGAGUCAAACAGGCUUAGACAACUAGUGAAUGAAAAGAAAAUAGAUUUAGAACAAUUGAAACUCAAUGCCACAACCUUAAGAAAUGAGUUAGAAAAACAAACAUAUGAGAACUUUACUAUUCAAUCCAACUACCAAAAUCUAGAGAGGAUUUUAAAUGAUUUGAAUCUCAAAAUUGGCGAACUAAAUAGCUAUAAACAAAGUUCAUUGGACGCAUUAAUCAAGAAUUUUGAGCUAAACAAUCACCAGCUAAAAAUGAAUCAUCAAGAGAAAUUGAAUAAUUUAAAAGAAGAUAUAACUAAACAGGUUGACAAAAUUUUAACAGAAAAACAACACAAAUACGAAGUAGAGAUUUCAAAUUUGAACAAAGAGAUCAAUAAAAUCAAACUGGACAGAAAGAAUACCGAGAGUGAUUUGAAUAGAAGAUUGAUCCAAUUGAAAGAAGACCAACAUAAACAAGAAUUAAUGAUGGUUGGUCGGGUCAACGACGAUAUAAACAAUAUGAAAAAAGAGAUUGCGGACAUUAACAGUCUACUAGAGUCCAAAACGAAACAAAUUGAGCUAAUAAAAUCUGUUGAAAUUGAAGGUGCUUCCAACAAGGUGGACAAAUUUACAUUGUUAUUGGACCAAUUGACAUCUAAAAACAAAAGCAAACAAGAGGAUAUACAGGCAUUAGAGAAGAAAGUAGCAACUACGAAGGAAUCAGUGAAAGCAAUAUUUGAAAAGUCAACAGCAAGAACGUCAGAAGUGCAUCGGUUACAGUUUGAAGUUGGUCGAAUGAAAACCGAGUUGGUUGACCAGGAAACCAAACGAAGAAAGUUACAUGCCCAACUACAAGACUUGAAAGGAAACAUCCGCGUAUUCUGUCGUAUAAGAAAUGUGUCGUCAUCGUCAUCGUCGUCGUCGUCUUCUUCUUCCGAAGAUAUUAUUCAAUAUGAAGCUCCGCAGGAUAUUAAUGAUGAAUCCAAGCAGGAGCUAGUUAUCACUCGUAAUAUCAACAAUAAUUUCUCCAAUCUUAGGUUUCUGUUUGACAAGAUUUUUGAGCGAGAACAAUCCAACGAUUUAGUGUUUGAAGAGUUGUCACAGUUGAUUCAAUGUUCUUUGGAUGGUACUAAUGUGUGUGUUUUCGCUUAUGGUCAGACGGGUUCUGGUAAGACUUUUACAAUGUCACACCCCACUAAUGGGAUGAUUCCCUUGUCGUUGAAGAAAAUAUUCAAUGACAUAGAAGAGUUGAAAGAGAAAGGUUGGUCGUACACGGUGCGCGGGAAAUUUAUUGAAAUUUACAAUGAGGCAAUAAUUGAUCUUUUGAAUCCCAAAAUUGAUCCCAACACAAAAUACGAAAUAAAACACGACGACAUUGCUGGUAAAACUACAGUGACAAAUGUUUCCACAAUUGACAUCAAAUCUCCAGAGCAAGCCAUUACAAUAUUGAACCAGGCGAAUAAGAAACGAAGUACAGCCGCAACAAAAUCCAAUGAUCAUUCAUCUAGAUCACAUUCAAUUUUUAUAAUUGAUUUACAAGGUUAUAAUAGUUUAACCAAAGAGUCAAGCUGCGGAACUUUAAAUUUGAUAGACCUUGCAGGGUCAGAAAGGCUCAACAACUCACGUGCAGAGGGAGACAGACUCAAGGAAACUCAAGCAAUCAAUAAAUCCUUAUCAUGUCUUGGGGAUGUCAUCCAUUCAUUGAAUCUCAAGGAUGGGUCGCAUGUUCCCUAUAGAAAUAGCAAGCUAACAUACCUAUUGAAGCACAGUCUUGGUGGAAACUCCAAGACAUUGAUGUUUGUAAACAUAUCACCACUUACCAAGGAUUUAAAUGAAACCAUAAACUCUUUGAGGUUUGCAACCAAGGUUAACAAUACUAGAAUCAAUAAAUAA